GAUCGUAUUAGCAGAUAUUCGAUAUUGUCAUCCUACUUACAUGGGGCUAUGCCUAGGAUUGUCAACUACUUGUAUUUCAAAUAAUUUGGCCGAGAAAGUGUGGAAAUGAUAACAGCAAAUUAGUUUGCUGGCAUCAUACAUUUUACUUUAAAAAGAAAUAAGUACAUGUGCGAAUAGUUGAACCAACCCACCUCAUUGACGAAAGAAAACACAGCUAAUCUCAGCUACCACUUCAAUUGAUCGAAGAUGGCAAUUCCAAUACACAACCGUUGGUCUCUCAAUGGAAUGACCGCUCUUGUUACUGGUGGCUCCGGCGGUAUCGGAUUAGCCGUUGUAGAAGAGCUAGCCAAACAAGGGGCCAAAGUUCAUACAUGUGCUAGAAAUGAGGCUAGACUUGAAGAGUGCAUACGCAAUUUUGAGGCUAAAGGUUUCCAAGUUAGUGGCUCCAUAUGUGAUGUAGCACAACGAGCCGAGCGAGAAAAGCUAGUGGAAACCGUUUCUACCAAGUUCAAUGGCGUGCUCAACAUCUUGGUGAACAAUGUUGGGACUUGCAUAUCAAAACGAACAGAGGAGUGCACAGCCGAAGAUUAUGCAACAACGAUGAGCACCAACCUUGAAUCUGGCUACCAUUUUAGCCAACUAGCCUACCCUCUUCUUAAAAAUUCGGGUUCCGGGAACAUCAUUUUCAUGUCUUCUGUUGCUGGUGUUGUGUCCAUCGAUGGUGCCUCUCUUUACGGAACAACAAAAGGAGCAAUGAAUCAACUAGCAAAGAACUUGGCGUGCGAGUGGGGAAAGGAUAACAUUAGGGUUAAUUCUGUUGCACCUUGGUUCAUUCGAACCCCUCUUACUAACCGGGCCGUAGAUAACAUGGAAGGAUUUUUAGAAACUGUGGAAAGGAUAACUCCAUUAGGAAGGGUAGGAGAACCAGAAGAGGUGUCUUCCGUGGUAGCCUUUCUUUGCAUGCCUGUCGCAUCCUACAUCACUGGACAAACUAUUUGCAUUGACGGGGGUUUUACUGUUAAGGGCUUCUAAACCUCAAUCAAUUUCUUUUUUUCAUUAAAGUGUAUGUUUACGUCAACGCUAAUACUUUCGUCAUUAUCAUAUAUAAUAGGUUUGGUUUGGUUGGUUGGUUUAGCCUGGUGUGAUCUCUUGUUAUUGACAAAUUUUGACCAUAUCAUUUUUACACUAAUGUAAAAAUCCAUCAUCAAGUGCACUCUUGUUA